CGGUCGGUCGGUCUGUCGGUCCGUCUCUGGCCCCCGGAGGAGUCGGGGCCGCCGACAUGGGAGCCAAAGUGGCGGCCGGAUCCGCGCUGGGGGGUUGAGGCCGGUUCCCCCGCUCCCACUCCCGCCACGACCGGUCCUUUUCUUCCUCCUCCGGACCCCCCAACCGAUGCCAGCCAUGGUGGAGAAGGGCCCAGAGGUCUCCGGGAAGAGGCGAGGAGGGAGGAAUCACCCGGCCUCCUCCUCCUCCACCGCCGCCGCCUCUUCGUCGUCCUCCUCCUCUUCAUCCUCCUCGUCCUCCUCCUCCACCACCACCACCACCCCCCCCGCGGCGGCGGCGGCGGCGGCAGGGGCGUCCAAUAAUGGCUCCACUAAAAGUUUGGCCCCGGCCGCCGCGGCGCCCAAUGGAAACAGCAGCAGCAACUCCUGGGAGGAAGGGAGUUCGGGGUCGUCGAGCGACGAGGAGCACGGAGGAGGAGGAAUGAGAGUCGGACCCCAGUACCAAGCGAUCGUCCCCGACUACGAUCCCGGCAAAGUCUCAAAACGGUCUCAGGAAAGAGAAAAUCUUGGAAUGCUGGUGUGGUCACCUAAUCAGAACCUUUCUGAAGCAAAACUGGAUGAAUACAUUGCCAUUGCCAAGGAGAAGCAUGGCUACAACAUGGAGCAGGCCCUCGGGAUGCUUUUUUGGCACAAGCACAACAUUGAGAAAUCCUUGGCUGAUCUACCCAACUUUACCCCUUUCCCAGAUGAGUGGACGGUGGAAGAUAAAGUCCUGUUUGAACAGGCCUUUAGCUUCCAUGGAAAAACAUUUCAUAGAAUCCAGCAGAUGCUUCCUGAUAAAUCUAUAGCAAGCCUAGUGAAAUUUUAUUAUUCCUGGAAGAAAACAAGGACCAAAACCAGCGUGAUGGAUCGCCAUGCUCGCAAACAAAAAAGGGAACGAGAGGAAAGUGAGGAUGAACUAGAAGAAACCAAUGGAAAUAACAACCCUGUUGACAUUGAGGUUGAUCAAAAUAAGGAGAGCAAAAAAGAGGUGCCACCAGCUGAGACCCUUCCUCAAGUCAGAAAGGAGAAGCACAGCACCCAAGCGAAAAACAGAGCCAAGAGGAAACCUCCCAAAGGCAUGUUCCUGUCUCAGGAGGAUGUGGAGGCUGUCUCCGCCAAUGCCACCGCUGCAACCACCGUGCUUCGACAGCUGGACCUGGAAUUAGUGUCUAUCAAACGUCAGAUUCAGAAUAUCAAACAGACGAACAGUGCUCUCAAAGAAAAACUAGAAGGUGGAAUAGAGCAGUAUCGACUUCCAGAGGUCGUUCAAAAAUUUAAUGCCCGUUGGACCACAGAGGAGCAGCUUCUUGCUGUACAAGCAAUCAGGAAAUAUGGCCGCGAUUUUCAGGCGAUUUCUGAUGUGAUUGGAAACAAAUCAGUGGUACAAGUGAAAAAUUUUUUUGUAAAUUAUCGACGCCGCUUCAAUAUAGAUGAAGUUUUACAAGAGUGGGAGGCUGAGCACGGCAAAGAGGAGACCAACGGAACCAGUAAUCAGAAGCCGGUUAAGUCCCCCGACAAUUCCAUUAAGAUGUCCGAAGAAGAAGACGAGGCUACGUCUGUCCUUGAUGUCAGAUACGCAUCUGCUUCAUGAGAAACUCGGGUAGCCUAGAACAAUUUGUGUUGACUACUGUGUUCUCCGGGAUAUCAGGUAUCACGAAACCUCAGACAGCCAUCUGCAUCAUUAUCUACGUGGACAACAGCUAUUACCAAAAAAAGAAAAGGAAAAAAAAAGGCAAACACUUCCGGUCCUGCGCUCCAUCUGCCUUAAUUCUUUGCUCAUUCCUCCACUCUUGCAAAGUUCCCAAAUCACUCACCGUCUCAUCAAAAGCCGCCGAGGGACCUCCCCCAUCCGGGAUGGUUUUUUGGUUAAUUUUUUUUGUUUUUCGACCUGCCUGCAGGACAAGGAGCUCCUCGGGACGCCGCCGGCUGCUCGGCCAGAGGUCUCUCCCUCUCAGUCGGCUCAGGGGACGUUCGUUACCCGUGUCUCACCGCAUGGCUUGUGACCUCUACUUCGUAAUGUAAUUACUGCAGGUCUAGGGUCCCCUCCACCCAGCCCUGGGAGCGAGCUUCCUAGUUGAGGGAAGAGGCUCGUAUUCCUUCGAAGUGACCACCCACGUGAUUUCACAUGUGCUUCGAACCCCAACUCCCCCCGACGGGCCGCGUCAGUUACCGAGGGGACUGCCAGAGUCACUCAAAGCGAUUUGCCAUGUUCUCAAGCUUUUGGAACCGGUCGACCGCAGAGCUAGCGGGUGCGUUUCCUCGCCACACUCACAGAUCGGGUCUUGCUUGACGGAGCGCUAACUCACGGUUUGAGCCGUCAGGCUCGGGACGUUUUAGCCUACAAGGGAAUAUAGAGCCGGAAGCUUCCGUCGAGGGAAACCUGGCCUCCGUCACCUGGGGUUCCUGGGGGGAGGGCCACCCACUCUUUUCUGUGCCCUCAAGGGAUGGCAUCCGAAUGACACUCUCUGGUGCUUCUUUCUACGUUUGGAAUUUGUGCCUUUUGCAUUUGGCAACCACACUAUCGCCUUUGUGUUCCGGUGUCAUCUUUCCCCCAUAGAACGUUUUCCUGCCAAAGAUAAUAUCACUGGUAAUACUGCUUCCCACAGGUCAUGAAAGAGUGCAGAUUUAAAAUGUAGACUUAAUUCAUGGAGGAGCGCGAGGCUGGCCGAGGAGGGUUUUGUGGCAGCCAUAUGGGAUUCUGAACUCUUUUCUCCUCUGCGUAGCCGUAUCCUUUUACACUCCCCCACACCCCCUCCCCUCCUCACCCCCCCAUAUCGUUCUUCGUCCACAUAAUCACUGGCAAAUCCUCAGCCCCCCAACCCUUUUUUAAUUAUAAUACAGGACAGAGAAAAAAUCCAUUUCUUGGACUCCUAAAUUAACAUUGAAAAAAAUGUUGUCUGGUAAUGCCUUUUUGUUGGACUGGCUCUAAAAUCAGCGCUAGAGGCUCUACCCCAUCAUGAAUCAGUUUUGCAGCAAGCCUUGGGGAUUCAGAGCCGCCGGAGAAGCUUCCUGGCGAGAUCCUGCCGCCGGCUCCCGCUCGCCCGCGUUCCACCCAGACUGGAUUUUGCCCAUGUAAAACCGGCUCUCUCUGCAUCGUCAAUUUUGAUUUCAAGUUUCUACCUUCAAUACCAAAAACGCCGUUUCAGAUGCUUUAAGGCCCACCAGUCUUUUUUUUUUUAAGAAUUUGAAAUAUGCAAUUCAGCUUGGAUGUGUGUUUUGAGGCCCUGUGUGCACCUUUGCCUGAAAACGAUCAGCUCUUUGCCCAGGAAGAGGGACUGUCGGCCACCAGGUCUUGUUCGGAACUGAUGUGGCGGGUUUCGCCAACUUUCUGGGAAGAGGUUGCACUUCCAGAGGCUGGGGAGGCGAGUGAGACCGACAGGAUCCGCCUCUCUCAAUUUAUCAGGGUUUCGGUGCCAAGGCGAGAGGUUCCUGCUAUCUCGGCGGCACCACGACAGCAAACCGCCGAAGGAUCGGGCAGUUACCUGGGAAGAGGAGGGGAGACUGACGCCGGCGCUGGUAUCUGCCAUCCCCAGCAGUUGGCCUGAGACGGGAAACUAAAGCCCCAGUGCGAGUUUCAGUCCUCCGAGGCCACCCCUCUCCCUCCCACCCCACCGCACCCCAAAUGCAGUCAGCCAAGCAGGUCGGCAGCUUUUACUGCACGCUCCGCCUCUGCCUAAAUUCCUCUUCUCGAUCCCAGGCCCAGGCUUGCUGAGAAGCGGCCCCUUCAAGUUACGUUGGAAAGCCCGUGGCUACUGCCGGAUUCGGAGAGGCCGACAGAUCGGUAGUGGCAGGGACUUGACGGCAGCUAAGACUCCGCUCUCCCCUCAGCAGCAGCCCAACUACUAAGCAGUCUCCGAUCCCGCACGGCCGCCGAGCUGGCAAACCUCCGAUCAGGGUGGUUGACUUCCAGCUUUAUCCCCGAGGGAAGAACAGCAUAUAAUUUCAUUGGCGAGGGAGGAGAGAAAGACAGUGUGGCCGUCGCCUCUGCCCGACAGCCCCCGUCGAAGCUUGGGCGUGAGAUAAGCACUGUAUUUUUACCUUUGUCUUCAGUACUCUUCACAAUGACGUUUUAAAUGCGAGAAACCAUUCGGCUUGGAAAGUUGAAUGGUUCGCUCCGAUUUCUGUGAAGACCCUUUUUAAUGGAUCAAGAGUUUGAUACGUCAGCUGGUGGCAUUCAGAUGUGUGAGGGUCCAUGGUAACUGCGGAAGAUGACGUAGUGUUCACUUACAUUUUGUUUUCUUCAAAAAAAAGAUUAUCAAUGUGAAUGUCAUAAUUAUAUAUAUUUUUGUGGAAAAAUGGGAAAUUUAUUUCUCUUAAGUAAGUUAUUGUGCAAAAUAUGGUAUCAUUAAAGCAAAUGAUAGUUUAACUUUUAGUUUAGAAAUCUUAAAAGAUAUAAAGUGUAUUACAUAUACAUAAAUGAAUGACAUUUGUCUUAUUUAAUUUUUAUGUAGUCAUGUAAAGUUCUAGGUAGACUCUUUUUUCCCACUUCCCCAUUAAAAACACCCUUGCUACUUGAAUAUUUUGUUAACUGGUCGGAAACACAGUGACCCACCUUGUAAUUUAUCUAACCAAGGAGGUACACCGCCUCAGCUGCGCUCAUUAGCACAGCCCGUGCUACGUUUCCAGGAACCGUACCGGUGUUCUGCUGCCAUCCCAGCACAGGAAGGGAACCCCAUUCCCCAGUGGAGUUUAAAAGCUUGCAGCCAGGAAGCCCCCUUGCUGAUCCCCCAGAAGCAUCUGAUCGAAGAAAAGCGGGAGUGACUCUCACCCUGGUGUCCUACCUGAUUGUUUUGGCUUCCUUUGUAUCCGGAAGGUUACCUCCACACGUCACCCCCACCCCCAAUUCCCUUAUUCCAGUAUGCUUGUUGUCACUUUAAGUUUUAACCGUGCCCUUCGGUCCCGCGUCUUUCUAAAAUCUGACACCCCCUUGGGCGACUGCCCACCGGAUCGGAGCCGAGCGGCCCGUCACACUAGCCGGUUGUGGGAUCUGAGCUGGGGCCUCCGGGGGUUGCAACGGGAGCCCCCCGCCAACCCCUUCGAGGGCUAGCGGGAGCCCGGACCCCCUCAGAAGUAGGCGGCUCGGAAGAGAGAAAACGAACUGCAUCCCCAUCCGGACGCCUCAACCGGGCUGAGCAUCGAGGUGCCCCCCGCCCCGGGACCCCCCAAAGCAGAGACGGUCCUCCCCGCCACCACCCCCCUGGAUUCCUGCCGCUUUUUCCCGUGGAGAGGAAAGCACAAUUGCAAUCAAGUGACAGUUCGGAAGGAAGGAAGGAAGGUCAGUAUAGUCUAUGCAUGUUGUAUAAUAAUGAGUGUUUACAGUCAUAUUCUCCUAAGAUUCAAAUUUAUACUGGAGUGUAUAGUAUUCCAUUAUGUAGAUUUUAUCAACUUUGUUAAGUGCUUUUAGACGGCUUCGAGUUUUUCCAGAUUUUCAGAAGAUGUACAAGGUUCAGUUUGCAGAUACAACGGAAGACGCUGUAUAGCUUUUGAAGUGAUGAAAUAACAUGUUGGAAUUUUGAAGAAGGUAUGUUGUAAUAAUGCUGUUGUAAGUAAUAUUUUACUGUCUCUUUGGCCGGUUUUGUAUUAUUCAGCACACUUACUGUGAUGAAUGUUCCUAGCAUUAUGAAAUCGCUUUAGCCAUCAGAAGGUAACAUUUGUUUUAUUUCUGAUUAUCAUUUUACUGUAACUGAAAUUAUAGUGGAAAUUCAGCAGUUUGUUGGUGAAUUCUGCAUAAUUUGUUUUUUCUAUGAUUUCCCAUGUUUGCUGACAUGAAAUAAAAUUUUUC